AUGCCACUUGCUCACGCAACCGGCAAAAUUCCAGACAAGUUCACUGCUGCGCAACCCUCCGAUGCCUUCCGACUGCUCGCUUCGUAUCGGAGCUUCCAGAGCGGCUCCUCCGCAGACAUCCCAACCCACUUUGUUCACGGUGUGGCCGUACUCAAGAUGCAAAUGAACUCGCAGCACGAUGAUCAGCCAUGUCGGCGCACGCCAGAUGACGAGAAGCCCUUAAAUGGCGAAUAG